CUGAAGGAUGCAUGAGGAUAUUAACCAUCUUUUAAUGGUAACACCUAACUAAUAAUGAUAUUUAGUUAAUAAAAUAUAAAUUUCAUAAGUUACGAAAUUCAAAAUUUGGUCAAAGUAAAACAUAAAAUACAUCAUGACAUUGGGAAAGCAGUGGCAGAAAAAUUUAUAUGAAAAUUAUGGUUUGCCGGACAAUUAUACGGAUAGUUCAUUUUUGGAACAACUACGAAAAAAUAUAAAACCACAUAAUGUAACAUUAAUACAAGCAAUAACAUUUGGUGCCAGUGUAUGCACUCAACUAAACGUUGUUAUUCUUUUUCUCGUUAUAUUUAUUUGGUUAAACAAAGAAUGGGCUAGUCCAGAUAUCGUAUUUAUAUUCGGUGUAAUAUUCACAGUAUUUGGUUACUUUGUAUAUUGUUUAAAAGAGCCAAAUACUUUUACCAUGUUAACAGAACAUCUUAGAACUGCAUUCAUUUUUCUUACAUUUGGUUAUAUUUUAUCACCUAUUUUGAAAACUCUAACCGAAACUAUCAGUACAGAUACAAUUUAUGCCAUGACAAUAUUAAUGUUCAUGGUACAUUUAAUAUUUAGCAAGUAUGGUUCUCUGCAUAUUUCUUUGUCAGAUUCUUUAUCUAUUACAUCUUCCAUUUUUGGUUCCUUAAUGUUAGCAUCUAGAUUAGCAUCAGCAUCACAUGCUUUUUCUCUUCUCACUGUUGCUGUACAAUGUUUUGUUCUAUUGCCAUUUUUAAUGCAUAAAUUAAGCAGCAAGAUACUUAUUUCAACUUUUCUAACACUUAAUACUUCGUAUUUUCUUUUACUAGUUUCACAAACCCUUUCUUAUGUUUUCAUCGGAUCUAUAGUGUUUUUACAUUUUCUUUGUCCUUACUGGUAUGUAAGAUGUCAAAAAUAUAAGGAUAAUAUCUAUGGACCAUGGGAUGAAGCUAUUAUUACUUCUUAA